AUGGCUUAGCUUUGCAUUUUUUGCAAAUUUUUAUUGAAGUUUUAAAUACAUUUAAGAAAAUUUCACACUAAUAAAUUAGUCUUUUUUUAGAUUUAUUCUUAAAAUAAAUUAAUGAUAAGGCUUCAAAAAACUUAAGGGCGAAAAUUAGAGAAAAUAUAGUAGAAAAAAUUAUUGAACUUAAAAAAGUUUCUGAGUUUAAAAAUUUUUGCCUAUAUAAUUUUAGGGAAAAAUUAUUUAAUAUUGCCAAAAAACAAAAAACCGAAGAUGCUACAAGAAAAGAAAUGUACGGAUAUGUUGAUUUGA